GCGUCCGCAACAGUUGGCCUCUGGCUGGCUCAGCCCUCGGAUCCCGAGUAGAAAACACAAGCACCGCUGAGCCCUCCUGAGAGGCCGGCUGAGCAAGGGUAACCGCGGAUAGCGGGAGCCGGGCCUGAGCGGAUGCGCAGCGAGGACCCGGGCCCGGACCGCCCUGCCCUUGGCUCGGCCCCUCUCCGGGAGUGCAAGCCCCGCCCCUUCCUCCCGGCCGCCCUGAAAUAAUUGCUAAUAAGGCCUCUGCAGCCAUGGAUAGCUCUGACGUGAAACCAAAAUCAAUAAGUCGUGCCAAGAAAUGGUCAGAAGAAAUCGAAAAUCUGUACAGAUUUCAACAAGCAGGGUAUCGGGAUGAAAUUGAAUAUAAGCAAGUGAAACAAGUUGCUAUGGUAGACCGUUGGCCGGAGACAGGCUAUGUGAAGAAACUUCAGCGGAGGGACAAUACUUUCUAUUACUACAACAAACAGAGGGAGUGUGAGGACAAGGAGGUCCACAAAGUGAAAAUUUAUGCCUACUGACCUGUUCCCUCCUUUGGCUUGGCAGUGCUACUUUCAGAAUUCAUUGUUUACAUUUUCCAUCAUGUAAAUGUCAUU